GGCGGAGGUAUGACCUCGGUGCAAGGGCCGGGGCGGGGGUGCUGGUCGGAGGCGGUGGCGGGCGACAACAAUGUCCAUGGCUGUGAGAGACAGGCCAACAAGGACGGCAAGCAAGACGACGAUGCGGUGGUAGUGCUCGAGGUGGUGGCCGAUGGCGUGGGAGAGGAGGUAGAGCUGGCAGCGCUGGAUGGGAAAGGCGAGGAGGGAAAGGCUGGCGAACAACGCGGAUGCAGAUGCCGGCGGCGUGGCUUGGAGCGGCGACGGCGGCGAUGGCGGACGCGUCGCGGCGUAGGGGAGCGCAUGCUGCGGCGAGUGGCACGGGCCGAGUGGCGGAGGGCCUGCGGUGGUGGAAGUGGCGAUAUACUUGACUCGAUAGGAGCCAUGGCAGCAUCCAAAUCGGAGACGAACCAGGUGUUGCUGAACGAGAUGGCGAAGCAGAUCAAGGACUUGGAGAAUGCCAUUGCGAAGCAGGCGACGGAGGCUGCGGACACCAUUCGCGAGCUGAAGAGCACCAUUGCGAAGCAGGCGACGGAGGCUGCGGACACCAUUCGCGAGCGGGAGCGUACCAUUCGCGAGCUGAGGAUGCAACUUGCUAGCGCGGGCAUCACGCCCGUGACGAUGGCCACCAACGACACCAGCAGCUCGCAGAAGCGGACGACCUCGGAGGGCAGCAGCACGAGCUCUGAAGGGAGUAGUGCGAUCCCUAUGUCCGAGAGCUCGUCUGACUGCGGCACCGAAUGA